UAGCUUGAGAUGGCCGACCGAAGUCCGAUCACAUAGCCUUUUAAAAAAAACAAACGGAACGAAGCGGAAUAUUUAGUUCCUGAGCAUGGGAAUUAAAUAUAUAAUGAAUUACACGUUGCAUUUCUCAUCUCCGCCUCCCGGCGUGGGGUUUUGAUGGUACGGCGGCGCGGAGUGAAGCGCAGACUCCCCCCCCUCACUCACUCCGUGCGUCCGCUGCUCGGCCCACUCUCACCGGCGACAUGGCGGCCGCAGCAUCCUCGUUGUACCGGCCGAUCACUCACGUUAUUUUCGACAUGGACGGGCUGCUGCUGGACACGGAGAGGCUAUACACUGUCGCUUUUGAAGAAGUGUGUUCCCAUUAUAACAAGACAUUUACAUGGGAGUUGAAGAGCGUAAUGAUGGGAAUGCAUGCCUUAGAUGGAGCCAAGCUUCUUUGCAAGAAACUGGAACUUCCGAUUACUCCCGAACAGUUGAUGGAAGAACUUAGUGUUAUAGAGAACAGAUUAUUUCCUACAGCAAAGCUGAUGCCAGGUGCGGAGAAGUUGGUCUGCCACCUUGCCAAGCACUGCGUCCCGAUGGCAGUGGGUACCAGCUCAAUGAAGAGAAUGCUCGACUUAAAGACAACCAAUCACAAGAAGUUUUUCAGCGUAUUCCACCAUGUUACAGAUGGUGAUCACCCGGACGUGAAGAAGGGUAAACCUGCUCCUGAUACCUUCUUGGUCUGUGCUCAGAGAUUUGAACCUCCACCAGAUGUUACAGACUGCCUCGUGUUUGAAGAUUCUGUGAACGGAGUGAAAGCAGCGUUGGCCGCAGGAAUGCAGGUGAUCCAAGUUCCUGACCCACAACUAGACCCGGAGCUAACAAAGGCAGCCACCUUGAUGAUCAAGUCACUAGAAGAUUUUCAGCCGGAAUUGUUUGGUUUGCCUGCAUAUGAUUAGAGUCUUUAAGCCAGUUUCCAGGCACAGAAUUGGGUUCUUUCUUUUCUCUUUUUUGAUCGCAAAAGACCGUCUGUGUAUUCUGUUCCAUUGAAUACUGCCACCUUACAUUUACAAAACCCAUUUGAAAGUAAAAGUUGUAUUCAGACCCCCGACAGUGAACUGAAGGUGAUCUCUGCACCUCCAGUGGGAUCCAAGCCUUUAUCCCACCCUGGUUCCUAUGAAACAGAAGCAGCCGAUUCAUUUUGGUGAGGAAGCUGUCAUAACUCUGGAGCAAACACGGGGAAAUCUGCAGAUGCUGGAAAUUCAAACAACAACACACACAAAAUGCUGGUAGAACACAGCAGGCCAGGCAGCAUCGAUAGGGAGAAGCGCUGUCGACGUUUCGGGCCGAGACCCUUCGUUCCUAUUUCCCUUCUCCCUAUCGAUAACUCUGGAGCUGUGGUUCUAGAUUUAAAGAGUUACAUAGCACAGCAUGAGCCCUUCAGCCCACAAUGUUGUGCUAACAAUAGACAAUAGACAAUAGGUGCAGAAGUAGACCAUUCGGCCCCUCGAGUCUGCACCGCCAUUCUGAGAUCAUGGCUGAUCAUUCACUAUCAAUACCCAGUCCCUGCCUUGUCCACAUAUCCCUUGAUUCCCCUAUCCAUCAGAUAUCUAUCUAGCUCCUUCUUGAAAGCAUCCAGAGAAUUGGCCUCCACUGUCUUCCGAGGUAGUGCAUUCCACACCUGCACAACUCUCUGGGAGAAGAAGCUCUUCCUCAACUGUUUUAAAUAACUGACCUCUUAUUCUCAAUCCAUGCCCUCUGGUACUGGACUCUCCCAACAUCUGGAACAUAUUUCCUGCCUCAAUCCUAUCAAAUCCUUUAAUUAUCUUAAACGUUUCAAUCAGAUCCCCUCUCAAUCUCCUCAAUUCCAGUGUGUACAAGCCCAAUCUCUCCAAUCUCUCUGCGUAAGACAGCCCUGCCAUCCCAGGAAUCGACCUAGUGAAUCUACGCUGCACUUCCUCAACUGCCAGAAUGUCCUUCCUUAAACCUGGAGACCAAAAUUGUACACAAUAUUCCAGGUGUGGUCUCACCAGGGCCCUGUACAAAUGCAAAAGGACAUCCUUGCUCUUGUAUUCAAUUCCCCUUGUAACAGAGGCCAACAUUCCAUUUGCCCUCUUCACUGCCUGUUGUACUUGCUCAUUCACCUUCAUUGACUGGUGAACUAGGACUCCUAGGUCUCUUUGCAUUUCUCCCUUACCUAACUCUACACCGUUCAGACAAUACUCUGCCCUUUUGUUCCUGCUUCCAAAGUGGAUAACUUCACAUUUAUUCACAUUGAAUGACAUCUGCCAAGUAUCUAAAACCUCUAGAAACCUACUCCAUGAUCAAUUUAACCCUUCCCUCUUACACAGCCACCUGAACUUCCAUUUUUCCUAGAUAAAGUUAUGGAGUUUUACAGCACAGAGGUAUGUCAUUCAGCCCAUCUAUUAUCUGCCUAGUCCCAUUGUCUUGCACCUGGACCUCAAUUUCUUGAUUAGUAAGGGUCUCGGAUGGCAGGAGAAUGGGGUUGAGAGGGCUAAUAAAUCAGUCGUGACAGAAUGGUGGAGCAGACUCGAUGGUCUGAGUGGCCUAAUUCUGCUCCUAAGCCUUAUGGUCUUCAUACCCUUCCCAUCCAUGCACCUUUCCAUUAGUUAGUCACAUGUCCUUCACCCCUACAGGGGCCUAGGCCACUAACAGCAGCUCGCCAGUGUCCUGUCAUGGACCAGUCUUUCAAUAUGUCCCCAGGUGUUCCAUGUUCCAGUGGCGAUGGCCCUGGAUGAUAGAAGGUUGAUCAGUCCCGUGGCUUCCACGGACUUGCAACUUUCAUCAUAAGACCUCAUAUGUCCUUGAGGCAAAGUCCCUCCUCUCACAAGGAUGAGGUCCUUGCUGCUUCUCCUGGUGUUUCCAUUGGCAAUAAAUUAUCCAAUCACCUACUUUGUUGCAUUUAGAUCAUAAGGUACAAGGAUCUCUAUUGGUUAUCCUGGAACAUCCUGUAUUUGGUAUUCCUUGAUAGCCAUUAAGCUGAAGAGUCAUCGCCCACUUUGGACCUGCAAAUAAUCAGGACUGGGAUGUCGUUAGAGAGUGCAGAGUUCCACUACAGUGCAUUGGCCAGGGUAGAUCAACCACCCACAGUAAAAUUCAUUGGCCUUAGUAGAAUUUGUUUUGCAAUACUUCUGUUUGUGAAUUGAAAAUAGUGCCUUUUACUGCUCUGGCCCUUCCAUUUUCAGCUGUGUCUAAUUCUGCAUUGUAAAGCACUAAUGGUGAGUGUGUUGUGUUGAUAUGUGAUAGUUUGUUCAUACCUUUAAAUCUGAUUGAAAGAGUCAUCCUGAUGAAGGUCCUCACCUGAAAUGUCACCUUUUUAUUCCUUUCCACAGAUGCUGCCUGACCUGAUGUGCUCCUCCAGUAUUUUUGUUUUAUUGGGUAAUUUUAUUGAAAGUUAAAAUGUUCUGUGAGGAAUAACGAGGGCACCAUGGUAGCAUUGUAGUUAGCGUGACAUUAUUACAGCUCAAUGCGUUGGAAUUUGGAGUUCAGUUCUGGCACCAUCUGUAAGGUGUUUGUACCUUCUCCCCAUGAACCUUGUGGGUUUCCUCCCACAGUCUAAGACCUAUGAUUAGUAGGUUAAUUGGUCAUUGUAAAUUGUCCUGCUAAAUAGGUGGGUUGUUAGCCCAAUAGCUCAGCCCAAUAAAAAUAACAGCUUAUGAUAAUCAAUGCUCAUCUGAGGGCAGAGAUUUUCUAAAGUAGUAUAGAGAUUGAUCAGUCAUCUCACGGUUAUCAGAGUAAGUGAUGGUGCAAGUCAGAGGCACUUUGUUUUAUCAACGUUGCAAGAUCAGAUGGUUACGAACAGUUGUGUCAUUGUUUUUUCUCUCUUGUGUGUGCCCUUCCGGACCUCCUGCUGCCUUGGUGACAUGCUAUGGAAACAGCAAGUGCUGGAGAAGUCAGCAGGUGAGGCAGCAACCCUGCAGAGAAACAAUUCAGGUCGAUAAUCUUUCAUCAGAAGCCCUGACUCGCUGAAUGUCUACAGCAUUUACUGUUUCUAUUUCAAGUUUCCGGCACCUGCGCUUUGUUGUUUGUGACGUGCUUGGUGCAGUUUGACGGGGCCAGGGCACUCUGCAGAGCGGUUGUAGAGUGGAUUACUCAUGGGGAGAAUAAAGCUUUGCUUAUGUUAUUCACAGUAACAAAAUGCUGGAGGGAUUCAGCUGAUAGUGAAAAUGAAUAAAGAGUCGGUGUUUCGGGCUGAGACCCUUCACCGGGACAGGAAAGAAAGGGGGAAGAAGCCAAAUUAAGGAGGUGGGGGGGAGGGGGAGAUGGGCUGAAGUAGGAAGCUGGGAGGUGAUAGGUGGAAAAGGUAAAGGGCUGGAGAAACAGAUUUAUUUACUUAAUUAUUUAUUGAGAUACAGUGCGGAAUAGGCCCUUCCAGCCCUUCGAGCCAUGCCGUCCAGCAAUCUCUCGAUUUACUCCUAGCCUAAUCACAGGACAACCUACAGUGAUGAAUUAACCUACCAACCACUACGUCUUUGGAUUGUGGGAGGAAAGCGGAGUAGCUGGAUGAGAACAUAUGAACUCCUUACAGUCAGUCGCAGAAACUGAACCUGCGUCGCCUGUCCUGUAAAGUGCAGUGCUAGCCACUAGGCUUCCAUGCUACCUGAUAGGAGAAGAGAUUGGACCAUUGGGUGAUAUCCAUAUUUUUAUGAAUAUAUUACCAUAUUUCCCUUUGUGACUUCAUUGCUGUAAAAACCCCAACUCAUUGACUUAAAUAAAAGUUUUAAUAAACUGCAGAUGCUGGAAAACUGAAAUAAAAACUGUAAAUCCUGGAAAUACUCUGGGUCAGGCAGCAUCUGUGGCAAGAGAAACAGUUAAUGUUUCAGCAGAAGUUCUGUUUCUUUUUCCCCAUGGAGUCAGUAGGUUGAGUGAAAAAUACCUCAAAAUAUAUCACUCAAGUGAUGCAGAGAAAAUAUGCACUGUAUGUGAAAUUUUUCCACUGAAUCUUGAAUGUAUACAGGUUGCACUUGCAAAUAAGUAAUCAGGGCAACUCCCAGUACAUAUGGACCUAUUGCUGUGUACUUGUCCAGUGCUGCUAUAUUAUAAAAACACCUAUUUUCUGUUAUGAAUAGAUCAUUAUAACGGACAGAACAUUUAUUUUCACUAGUAUUUGAGAUGUAUACCUAACUCUUAGUGAUGUUCGGGUACAAUGGCGCAGUACAGUAGGUGGAGCGCAGCCGGAGAAGGUUGCUCAGAAUUUGAGGCUCAUCACCCCAAAGUCUGAGGAGCACAGAUAUUCCUGGAUUGCAAACUCUCCAUCUAUUCUAUCUGUUUACGAUUAACUGUUUAAGAUGUUAAUAUUCUAAGGUUUAUAAAUUUUGGAAUUUAUUAGAAACUAUUGCAGUUAUGUUAACUUGUGGCAAUGCCCUGUGUCAUAAAUACCAAUGGAUUUUAUCUGUUAUAACAUUUUGAGAUGCUUUCAGACAACAGUUGUUUUACUCAUUUUCUCUCAAUUUGUUGUAUCUUUUUGUAUCUCUGCCUAUGAAGACAGUUAUUUGAUACAAUUCAUUAAUAAUUAAAUAUGACAAUGUCUUUAAAACAACGUUCUAAAUUGUGUUGACGAUACUCUUUGUUAGACUUACAUUUCUGAGAUAAUAAGUCUUGAGUCACCUGUUUGCAUUGAAACCGGUGGUUUUGUUUUGAGAAGAGGUGCCUUAUAUUUCACUUAAAAAUACAGGCAGAAAUACUGUACAAAUUAACAUUUGAAUUUAGAAAAUAUUCAAAGAGUUAUACAGGAUGGAAACUGGCCCUUCGGCCCAACUGAUCCAUGCUGCCCUAUAUGCCCCAUCCAAGCUGAUCUGAUAUGGUAUCAUUUGACCCAGAACCUUCUAAAGCAGGGUUUCCCAACCUGGGGAUGAUGAACCCUGGCUUAAUGGUGUUGGUCCAUGGAUAAAGAAAGGUUGGAACACCUGUUCUAAAACCUUUCACUCCGUGAACCUGAACCUGUCCACAUACAUGCCAGCUGUUGUUAAAAAAAAAUGUUGUUUCUCAAGUUCCUAAUAAAUCUUUCCUGUCCCAUCUUAAGUGUGUGCUUUCUAAUUGAUUCCCCAACCCUGGGAAAAGACCAAGUGCAUUCACACCGUCUAUGCCCCUUAUGAUUUUAUACACCUCUACAAGAUCUCUCAGUCUCCUACGCUUCAAGAAAAAAAUUUGUAGCCUGUGCAGUCUCUCCCUAUAACUCAGUCCCUCAAGUCCUGGCAGCAUUCAGGAAUCAGGUUCUCAAUGCAUGAACACCGUGCAAAUUUAUUCAUCAGGGAGACAUUGAUGAAUUGCGUUCUGAAGGAAAUAAAGAUUCAGGAUCAAGAUUCAAGAUUGGUUAAUGUCAUUUCCAGUAUACUGUGUAAAGGAGAAUGAAAUAAUUGUUAC